GCUGAGCCUUCUGUAUACACAGCAUCUAUUGGAGCUGUUACAGAAUCAAUUGGGCUGACAAUCGCUUAUAACACCAAAGGAGAACAUCCAUACCUACAAGCCAGAAAAUUUGCAUCUUUGGAUCACUUAACCAGAGGCAGACUCGGAUGGGCCAAUACAGAAGAGCUUCAGUACUCUGAGGAGUAUCUCGAGGUUUUUUCUGAAUUGCUUCUAUCAUCUUGGAGAGACGAUGCUCUAGUGGGAAACAAAGAAACUAAGGAAUGGAUAAAUACCGACAGAUUACGUCAAAUUGAUUUUGUUGGAGAAACAUACACGGUUCCAGGUCCUGGUUUAACACACCCCACUCCACAGAGACUUCCAUUGAUAGUUUCAUUGGAUACAACUACAAACGCUUCAAGACACCAUGCUGCAAAGUUCGCUGAAGUAGUGUCGGUAUAUGGGGAUAAAGAACAGGUUAAGGAAACUGUCAAGGGUCUUAAACAUUUAGCACUAAGAAAUUAUCAUAGAGAUCCAUCCACCAUUCGUUUCUUAGCCCAAGUAUCUAUCACAAUUGCUGACUCAAUUGUGGAUGUUCAAAACAAGUAUGCACUUGGUGAUGCCCCACCUUUUGGCUUCACCUCAAUUAAAGGAACUUCUAAGACCGUAGCUGAUGAAUUACAACAUUGGGUUGAGUACAGUGGGCUCGAUGGUUUCAACUUUCAUGAAUCUAACAUCAAUGAUUUAAAUGAUUACUUGAUCUCUGAGUUACAAGCCAGAGGUGUUGCACAGGUGGAAUACACUACCAUUGGGGGUACCCUCAGGGAGAAUCUAACGGGUGCUAAGGGUGCAAGUUUCCUCUCAGAGGAUCAUCCUUUCUAUCACUACCGUUGGUUCAAGGGCCAAUCACAAGAGACCUUUGAAAAGGCUUUACACAUUGCAAAAGACAAAAACACUUUUAUAGCAUACUAACCCUAAUUAGUACCCACAAUUAGUAUUUAGGUAUCUUUUAGGAAAUUUGAAGUAAGACAG